GCUUCAGUCUUAAUUAGUGAGAAGCUUCUUCAUUAUAGCAACAGCUGAGAAAAUGCACAGGAGGGACAACAGACAUUAAAGAGCAGAGGCAGCCCACCUGCGCCCUUUGAGUUGAUUGGUUAGUCUGAAGAACCUCUGUCAGCUGGACACACAAAGACCUCUGUCCCACAUCCUGCAGCCAGCAUGCCCAUCAUCAGCAAUGCCAACCACGACUUCAGCACCUACUCCAUCAGCAGUGACGACAGCAGCCUUGACCGCUUCUUCACUGAGAUCCCGGAGACUGAGACCAUCAAGGGCGCUUACUUCCAGCGUGCCCAGCUGCUUCGUGACCCCAAGGCCACGUACGUGGUCGACCACACCCUGCAGGUCCUCAUCAAUGUUGGAGGCAACCGCUACACUUUCCCCUGGAGCACGCUGGAGAAGUUUCCCCAGAGUCGACUGGGACGUCUUCGCUUCUGCACCACCCCUGAGGAGAUUGCACAUCUCUGCGACGACUACGACGAGACGUGCCAGGAGUACUUCUUUGACCGAAACCCGACAGCCUUCAGGGUCAUCCUCAACUUCCUGGCUGCAGGUAAACUGCGUCUGCUUCGAGAACUGUGCGCCGUGUCGCUGCACGACGAGCUCGAUUACUGGGGCGUGGACCCGGGUCAUAUGGAACGUUGCUGCCGUCGCCGCAUGAUCACACGUGUAGAGGAGGUGGCCGAGAGAGAGCGUAAGGAGGAGGAGUGGAGGCAGAAGAGGGUGAUGCUGAAGAAAAGCAACAUAGAGGUUGAGAAGGGAUAUCGCAGGCUGAUCUGGAUGCUGAGAGAAGUGGUGGAAAACCCUCACUCGGGGCUGGCCGGGAAGACGUUCGCCUGCCUCUCUGUCAUCAUGGUGCUGGUCACCGUCAUCAGCCUGUGCAUCAGCACCAUGCCGGACCUCAGAGAUGAAGAGACCAGGGGCGAGUGCUCCCAGAGGUGUCACAGCAUGUUUGUGGUGGAGUCCAUCUGCGUGGCCUGGUUCACGUUGGAGUUUGUGCUGCGGUUUGUCAACGCUCAGAGCAAGCUGGCCUUCGCUCGCGGACCACUCAACAUCAUCGACGCCAUCGCCAUCCUGCCGUACUACGUGUCCCUGGUCGUCGACGUCAGAGAUGAGUCACAGGAGGAGGUCAUCAUGGGCGCUGGCAGAGGCUACCUGGACAAGCUGAGUCUGAUCCUGCGCCUGCUGCGGGCCCUGCGGAUCCUGUACGUGAUGCGGCUAGCUCGCCACUCUCUGGGCCUGCAGACGUUAGGACUGACCAUGCAGCGCAGCAUGAGGGAGUUCGGCCUGCUGCUGCUGUUCGUCUGCGUGGCCGUGACCCUCUUCUCGCCUCUGGUCCAUCUAGCAGAGAGCGAAUUGGCGCCGUUUGCCGCCACGCACCCCCACCACAGCUUCAGCAGCAUCCCAGCCUCCUACUGGUGGGCCAUCAUCUCCAUGACCACGGUGGGCUACGGCGACAUGGUGCCGCGCAGCAUCCCCGGACAGAUCGUGGCACUGACUAGCAUCCUGAGUGGCAUCCUCAUCAUGGCGUUUCCCGCCACCUCCAUCUUCCACACCUUCUCCCGCUCGUACCAGGAGCUGAAACAGGAGUAUGAGCGGCUGUGGAAGGAGGAGCGAGGUGAGGAGAUCGCUGAGUCAGAGGAGAUUUUGUCCAAGGUCGAUUUGUCUCCACAUGAGCUCACGUCUGUGUCCAAGGAAGAAAAUGACGGACUGAUGUCAAGCAAGAGUCACCAGGAGACACUUCCAUCUACAGCCUUCUGAUGGAAGCGAGAAGUGAGCGGACACAUUUAUCCAGUGAUACUUUAAAGACGCGUCACUCGACUGUGUGAACUGUCCCGUACAAACACUUUUAGACUCCACAGGACUUUGGACACUGUAUCACACUUAAAGUUCAUGUUUCCUAACGUUAAUGUUUUAUUACAUUAAGCUUUCAACAAACUCUC